AUGAUAAUUUUUUUACCAAGCUAUGCCCAAUACGACGACGUCCAAGACCUGCUCUCUCUCUCUCUCUCUCAUCAUUUCAUUUCCACAGAAGUUACGGUGGAGGGAAGAGCUAAAUCGAGAGCAGCAAUUCUCAACGGACCAUCUGCACUCAACGCUCUCCACAAUUCCAUGGCAGCUCGACUGAAGAGACUGUAUGAAUCAUGGGAGGAUAACCCGGAUAUUGGAUUUGUCUUGAUGAAGGGUAGUGGGAGGGCCUUCUGCUCUGGCGCAGAUGCUGUCAGCCUCUAUCAACUAGUUAAUGAGGGGGAUGUUGAUGAAUGUAAGAAGUUUUUUGAGACAUUGUAUAAGUUUGUAUGUAUUCAAGGAACGUACCUGAAGCCGCAUGUAGCUAUCAUGGAUGGUAUCACCAUGGGAGCUGGGGCUGGAAUUGCAAUCCCAGGAAUGCUUCGGGUGGUGACUGAUAAAACUAUAUUUUCCAAUCCAGAGGCUCAGAUAGGUUUCCAUCCUGAUGCAGGGGCUUCCUUUUAUCCGUCUCGUCUACCUGGCUACCUAGGUAUCAUAUACUUUUGUACAUUUGAGAAGGAGAAUGGUGUAGAGAUGAUCGCCUGUCGCCUUGCUACGCACUAUACGUUAAAUGCGAGACUUGCUAUGGUUGAAGAACGCCUUGGAAAUUUAGUUACGGAUGAACCUUCUGUAAUAGAAACAGCUCUUGCACAACAAUAUGGUGACCUUGUUUAUCUAGACAGGAGGAGUAUACUUUCUAAGCUUGACGUUAUUGAUAGAUGUUUCAGCCAUGACACGAUUGAGGAAAUUUUCGAUGCGUUGGAAAAGGAAGCUGCUGACUCUUAUGAUGAAUGGUGCAAAACAGUCCUCAAGAAAAUAAAAGAAGCCUCCCCUUUGAGUUUGAUAGUUUCUUUACAAUCGAUACGUGAGGGCAGAUUUCAACCUCUUGAUCAGUGUCAGGCUCGUGAAUAUCGUACAUCUCUUGCUGCAAUUUCCAACCGGGUCUCUAGUGAUUUCUCUGAGGGCGUUCGAGCAAGAUUGGUAGACAAGGACUUCGCACCCAAGUGGAACCCAACUAGUUUCAAGGAUGUGUCCAAAGACAUGGUUGAUUGCUAUUUCUUGCCACUUCCCGAAGUUGAGCCGGAGCUGAAGCUGCCGACAGCUAUGCGGGAGCCAUUUAUGCAAGGGACGGAUUCACCCAAAAAAUGAUACGGAACUUAUGCAAACGCUUGUUUCGUCGAGAGUAGUUGGAUAAAUUAAAGUCCCCUUCCAUUGAGUGAUUCUUCAAAUAAUCUUAUUUGAAGAACAUUUGAGGAUUACUCCCGAAUCGAAACCGAUCAUACUUGCAAAAAAUUAAAUAAAUCUAAAACCAUUAAGGCAUCUAAUUGUAAUGAUAAGAACAGACGAAUACAAUCAUUCAAAGAAACUAAAAUGACCACCAUUUGAUUUAA